AUGGGACUGAAAACGGUACCGAUACAACUGACCAAUUGCUCCCGACUGCAAAUCCUAAACCUCUAUGGGAAUCAGAUCACCACAUUACCGGAAGAGCUGAAUAAAUUGCACAAAUUGGAACAACUUUAUCUGGAUCCGAGACACUUCAUCCAGGUUGUCACAAGUCAUCGUCAACCGUCCAGACCGUUUGGACCGAAUCUGUCUGCCAGAUCACCCAAUCCUUUCGUUCAAUCGAUUCCGGAUAACAUUCGAUCGUUGUUGGUGAGUGCCCCCGAGCAAACUGCAGGACAGUCAGACGAUUCGGUCAAAUUAGAUCGGGGAAUUCUCGAACAAAUCCGAGGACUGUUGAAACAAGGCAAAAUGAAAUCGCUCCAUGUGCCUAAUGUGAUUUUUCGUCUGAAAAACAUUCGUUUUCUUCGUUUGGAACAGUGCUGUAUGAACACACUACCCGAAAAUUUGACCACCAUGAAAUGCUUGGAAUCGAUCAGUUUAGCGGGCAACUAUUUUCGCAACAUACCCAGCGGGCUAUUUGGCUUGCGGCGAACGCUGAAGUUUUUGAAUCUGUCCGAAAAUGCACUGAACAGUGAGAACAAUGUCUUACGAUCUGGGUUCGGAAAUGAAUUGUCCAACCUGGUACAACUUCAACUACGUCAUAUGGGGUUGCGUCAAAUUGAACCCGGUUCGUUGUUUGGUCUCACGCGGUUGGAACUGUUGGAUUUGAGUGAGAAUAAGGUGCUCAGCUCCAUUCCGGAUGAAAUGGACACGUUGAUCGCAUUGUGCUCGUUUAAUGUGUCCGAAAAUCGGUUGACCCAAUUGCCUGAUUCACUGUGCCGAUUGAAACACCUGAGGAACCUGAAUGUCAGUCAGAAUCGGAUCAACGCGUUGCCAACUCGUUUGUACCGAUUGAAACAGCUGGAACAGGCACACGUGUACGAAGGGUUGAGCUGGAAAGGAUUGUGGAUCAUUGGGAAUCCGUUAGAAAGUAUACCGAAAUCGGUGUGGCAAUCAACUAGCACAAAAGGGUUGUGGAAAUAUUUGCAGCUUCAGAAACGAAAACAGAAUACAGAACAACAGGUGAUAAAAACCAUCAUUCUUGGCGCUGCCUCAUCCAGUCGGUCUAUGCUCAUGGAACACUUGAUUAAAUCUAGCCAUCCUCAAAAACAACAGACGAACAUUUGGCAAAAGUUGACAGAAGUUAGCUACUUUGAUCCAUUGUUUCGGGAACAAGUGUAUCUGGGUGACAGUUCGCUUAUUUCGAGUCCCGUGGUGAUCAGUCGAUGCCAAUCACCAAACGGCAUUCCGUUAGUAUUCUACGAAAUGCAGGACGAAGCGACUCCGACAAAAGAGGAUCCCUGUGGUGCGGUUCAACCCAUCUCGCUGUUUCCCCUCGUUCACAGGCACGUGUUUGAUGCAGAAGCUCUGUACAUUGUUGUGUUUGAUUUGGCAGCAUUAUUCUUCCCAAGAGCAGAACCAGAGGUUAUUAGAGACCGAUUCGAGCGCAAUGUCGGUUGCUUGUUGACCCAGAUUCAAUUGUAUGCACCCGGUGCGAUAGUUAAACUUGUUGGAACAUUGUCAUCGGGUCAGAAUCUGAGCGGUCUCACUGUCGAGCAAGUGGUCAGUAUGUUCUCGACUGAGCAUACAUCCACGCUUGACCUAGUUGCACAAACACAUUUUGAUUCGGAAGAUGAAGCAGAGGAGAAGAACACUUUGGAAGAGACUGGCAAGACGGACCCAAUGCGUGUGCUCAUCCUUCAGAUGGCAGACGAUAGUUGCCAGGAAGAGGGAUUUUUUUGUUUCAAUCCUUUGGAUUGGCUCAUGCAUUUUGUUGAUCAAUUUUCAAAUGAGACAGAAGGAUUGAUCACGGAUAUUGAUAUCACCCAUUGUUUAUAA